AACCAAUUAAUUACUCUCUCUAAAAUCCGACCCCUCUUUCUUUCUCGACUCUCAGCUUCAAGCCUUUAGCUCGACCCUCUCAGCUUCUCUUCCUCUAUCAUCACUACAAAAACAAAAGUUUCCUCUCUCCUUCUUUCUCUUCAUUUCUGGUAAAGAAACCAACGCAGAAGGUAGCAGAGUAAAACGACGACGUGCUUCAUGCUCUGAGAGACAAAUUGAAACAACUACUAAUGGCCAUAGCUGACCAGAAGUCAUCGUCUGAUAACAACAAUAAUAAUAGUAAUAACAACAAAGUCUGGGGCUUCUUCAAGCUGCCGUUUCGAGGAAGCAACGCCAACACGACACAGUCUUCUUCCUUGUCAACGCAUCUUCACAACCAAAAUAACCCGCAAGUUGAAGGAUCGAAUGCUCAUGCUUCGAAUUCGGUGUCUUCGGUUGCCAGAUCGCUUUUGCCAACGCGGCGUCGUCUUAAGCUUGAUCCUGCAGCUAAGCUCUACUUUCCUUAUGAACCUGGCAAGCAGGCCAGAAGUGCCAUCAAAAUAAAGAAUACUAGCAAAUCCCAUGUGGCUUUCAAGUUCCAAACAACUGCACCAAAAAGCUGUUUCAUGCGUCCUCCAGGGGCUAUUCUUGCCCCAGGCGAAAGUAUCGUAGCAACUGUAUUCAAGUUUGUUGAGCAGCCAGAAAACAAUGAGAAACCAGUUGAACAGAAGAGCAAGGUUAAAUUUAAAAUCAUGAGUCUAAAGGUGAAAGGGAUGAUGGAUUAUGUACCUGAGCUGUUUGAUGAGCAGAAAGAUCAAGUAUCAAUAGAACAAAUAUUGCGAGUUGUUUUCCUAGAUCCAGAGCGUUCAUGUCCUGCUCUGGAGAAGUUGAAGCGCCAAUUGGCGGAUGCUGAUGCUGCAGUUGAGGCACGCAAAAAGCCCCCAGAAGAUGCAGGUCCAAGAAUUAUUGGGGAAGGACUUGUGAUAGAUGAAUGGAAGGAGCGAAGGGAAAGAUAUCUUGCUAGGCAGCAGGUUGAAGGAGUAGUAGACUCUGUAUAGAGUGACACUAGUCUUCAAGGUGCCUUUCUAUGAAGAAGAAACUUUACAUAAUUCCACCACUCAGUAUAUUCAUCCAAUCUUUUCAUGUAACGUGAAGCAUGUUUUAUUCAGAGGAUCAUGUAGGACAACAUGUUUUUAUGUAAAAAAGGAAUGUGAGGUGAAUUUUCUGUGUUUGAGCUGCUGAAAACUUAUCCUGUCACCAUCUGCCUGUAGAUAAUUGUGAUUUUGUUUUAAUUUUUAUUUUUGUUUUUUCCCCUUUGUUUGGCAAAUAAAACUGGUCUUUAUGGGAUGUAAUGAACAUAAUUGACCAGUCUUGAGAAGUGUUCGUAUGAAGAAAAAGAGAAGAAUUGCAAUAUUAUAUGAUUUAAAUUACCUA